CCCCAUUUAAUGCCUCUAUUAUCUUCAUAGGAGAUUUUGUGGCGCCAAGCUCUCCGUACCGGAUAUGUGGCUCCCUUCAAUAAUCUUCCCCGCAAAUCCACACUUGUUCUACAUUCCCGAUUCCUGAUAGAUCCAGCCGCCGCCCACCUAUGGCUCCGGCGCUCACUUCCCAGUACAGCUUCAGCCGCCUCAUCACUCCCCCUCACCCCAAGCUCGGUCUCCGUCUCCAUCAAAAGCCUCCCACCACCAUCUUCUGCAGAAAACCAAACUUCACUUCCCCCGAGACCAACAAACCCAGCCGCUUCUUCUUCUUCGACCUACCUAAAUUACCCGACCCCAAAUCCACAUCUCUCUUCUCCACCCGCCUCCGCAAGGACCCCAACACCGUCUUCGUCGCCGGGGCCACCGGCCAAACCGGUGCUCGCAUUGUCCUCACCCUCCUCCGCAGGGGCUUCUCUGUCCGCGCCGGGGUGCCAGAUAUUGCAUCUGCUCAAGACCUCGCCCGCCUCGCCGCUGCUUAUAAAACCAUCUCACCGGAGGAAUCCAGGCGGCUUAAUGCAGUGGAGUCGUCUUUCGCAGACCCGGAGUCGAUCGCUAAGGCCAUCGGCCUGGCCACGAAGGCGGUCGUCACGGUCGGAUCGGGAGAGAAUGGACCUGCCAGUGUUGUCACCGCUGAUGAUGCCUUUACUGUUGUUCGAGCCGCGGGGCUUGCUGGCGUAGGGCAUCUGGCUGUUGUUUAUGACUCGCAGGUUGGUGGUCCGGGGUCCGGGCAGUCCACCUACAACGUGUUCGACGGAAUUACCUCUUUUUUUUCCAACCUUUUUGUGGGCGCUCCGAUGCCUCUGACGAUGGCCGGGUUGCUUGCCAAGCUGGUGGAGACUGAUGUCGUUGCUUAUACGUUCGUCAAGGCCAGGCUCACGGAAGAUUACGCACCAGAGAGUUCUUUUGCUCUUGUAGUCGGUAAGGAGGGCAGCAGCUCAGAUGGGACGACCACGCUUUAUAAUUCCAAGGUGUCCAAGUCCCAGAUUGCAAAGUUGGUGGCGGAUGUUUUCUCCAAUGCUUCAGUUGCGGAAAAUAAGGUUAUUGAGGUUUCAACAGAUGCUUCAGCUACUUCAAAACCAGUGGUUGAACUUCUCAGCGCCAUUCCCGAAGAUGGAAGAAGAAAGGCAUAUGCCGAGGCGCUGGCAAAAGCGAAGGCUAAGGCUGAAGAAGAAGCCAUUAUAGCCUUAGAGAAAGCUCGUGAAGCUGAAACUGCUGCCAAGAAGCUUGAAGAAGAGGUGCAGAAACUCUCAAAGCAACAAACCCAGGCAGCCAGCCUCGCUGAGGAAGCUCAAGCUAGAGCCGAGGCAGCUGGCUCAACACUAGAAGAUCUCAUCAGCAAGGCAAAAGGUCUCGGGGAGUUCUCCUGGCAAAAACUGAGCUCACAAAUCACGACCGCAGUCUCUCCAAAUUCAUCUAAUAGCAAAUCACCUCCACCGACUCGAAUCGCCACCACCAGAGGCCAGGCCAACGCCUCCAUUUUGCCUCCAAGAAAGGCUGUUUUAAAGCAGCAGCAAUCAAAGCCAAUACCCAAGCAGAAACAAGUAGAGCGAGAGGAAAAAGCCACAAAAGCAGAUGUGAGGAGUGUAUUCGGAGGACUCUUCAAGCAAGAAACAAUCUACAUAGAUGAUGAUUGAGCAAUGCAGGUAUUCUUCACUUCUCUUCUUCAUGUAACAUGUGAGUGUAAAUUCUUUUGACUUUUUGUAUUUUGCUCUGACUUUUCUGAACGUGUAUGUAGCUGUCCAUAAGCAUCUGCGAGAGCAAUGAUAUCUCGGUAUUUCUUUUCCUUUUUAGCUCCGAAUAAAGAGAAGCCGUUAAAGAUGUGAAUAAAGAAAAGAAGGAGAAAACAUCAAUAAUUUGAUUUUGGAAAAAAUGGAUGUGGGCGCCAUUGAUGUGACCUGGGGGUCUAUUUUUGAGGGAUCAAUUAGUCGCUGUUUAAGGCAAGAAAUUCUUGUGAUUUGAUGGGGAGCAGUGCAUGCAGGAAUUCAGUCCAACCACCUAUGGAAAGAUUCAGUGCAUUAGAGGGCACACAAGUCUUGUCUUCUCCCACUUUCUUACCCAAAUCUCCCCACCAUUUCUCCGAUAAAUGAACGCAAAGCCUCUGUGAGCUCAUCGAACCCCAUAAAAUGUCCAAAGCGUACCUAUCAAUAAUUAACUUAAAUCUCACUCGCAGACUAAAGUUUAA